AUGAGACAUGCACUGCACUUGUCUUCAAGAUCGUCUAUUAUAUUAGAUACAUACUUCCUCGUAGAAGCCAUAGUAAGUUCUAACAAAGGACAAUUGAGCACGAAGCUCGUGGGAAUUGUCAAGAGUUACCUCUUGACUCCUACUACGAUGGCCAAGCGUCCUAGAUCCCCCUCCCAACCCCCUAGGCUCGAGAAUUACCUCUUUCUAGCGAAGAAACGUCGUCUCAAUGCUGCAGCUGACUCCAAAACCGCUGUCAGUGCCGGCGGCCCCACUGAACCCGGUCUCCCCACGUUCUCCAUCGCGUCCAGUUCCUCGGUGACCGUGACUGUCGUAGACGAUGCUCAAGUUGAUGUCUCCUCGUCGACUUCGCCGCCCCAGACAGAAGGCUGUGCACCGGGUGGUCCGUGCGCCACCUACAACUUCGAGGACUUAUUCAAGCCCAAUAACUUCGGUGUCGUCGCCUCGUACAUCGACGAUAUCCUGACCACAAAUGAGAGCGCAUAUUUAGUACCAGAGGGUACCCCUAUUGUCCAGCCUAAUCUCGCAAACGUCUACUAUCUCGAGGGUACCUACUUGACAGCAGUCCGCCGCCUGAAAGUGAAGUCCAGCGUCAAGAAUGCUGCUGCCCUCAAUUGCAUGCAGGCAUACUCUGCACGAAGUGCUGAAGAGCAGGCAUGGAAGAUGCAUGGAGGUCGCAACCAAUUCGUCGCAUUCUUGUGCAAAGGCAUGUUAGCCUGGGAGAAACAAAACCCGGGCAACGCAUUCAAAAUGCCAGUAUACUACAGAUCCGUCGUGAAAAGCCUACGAGAACGGCUAGUGAAGAGCAAAGAUGCAGGAAUAUCUUCCCAGUCACAAACUGCGAGAAGUUCUGAACAUUAA